AUGGCCCAAGCCGUAUCUUUCACAAGUCAACAAUCAGAUGGUCCCACAUCCCUCAAUGAAGCAUUGACUACGAAAGCUGAGGUCAAUGUAGACCCUACUCAUUCUGGACGAACAGCGCUCCAGGAUGCGGCAGCAGGAGGACAUCUUGAUAUGGUGGAGAGACUGUUGACCGCGGGAGUUGAUGUCAAUGCAGACCAAAUACAUGCACAAACAGCGCUUCAGGCUGCGGCAGCAGGAGGACAUCUUAAUGUGGUGGAGAGACUGUUGGAUGCGGGAGCUGAUGUCAAUGCACACCCUGUUAGUUCUGGACGAACGGCACUCCAGGCUGCUGCAGAAGGAGGACACCUUGAUGUGGUGAAGAGACUACUGGCUGCGAAAGCUAAUGCCGAUGCGCCCCCUGCUCAUCAUGGUGGACUAACGGCUCUCGAGGCUGCAGCAGGAGGAGGAUACCUUGAUGUGGUGGAGGAACUACUGGCUGCGAAAGCUGAUGUUAGGGUGGCCCUUUUACUUUAUCCUGGAGGAACAGCAAUCUAUGCUGCGAUGGAAGGAGGACACCUUGAUGUGGUAGAGAGACUUCAACGGGAACUCUGA